AUAGAAAAAAAAAUCCAAAAACAAUAACAAAAGCUCAUAACUCUUGCCUCUGUUUUCUCCACGUGAAGGGAAAAACUCUUUUAUCGUUUCUCGCUCCUCGAGAAUUACACAGCACAAACAAAAACUCAGAAAAAGUGUGAAGUAAAUAAACUGAGGGAGAGAGAGAGAAAGAAGAAACAGAGAAUGACAGCAUCAGGAGGAGGAGGAUCCACGGCGGCAGGAGGAGCAGGAGCGACGGGGAGGAUGCCGACUUGGAAGGAGAGGGAGAACAACAAAAAGAGAGAGAGACGAAGAAGAGCCAUAGCAGCUAAAAUAUUCACCGGACUCAGAUCUCAAGGAAACUACAAACUCCCUAAGCAUUGUGACAACAAUGAAGUACUCAAAGCUCUUUGCUUCGAAGCUGGUUGGAUCGUCCACGAAGACGGCACCACUUACCGAAAGGGUUCCCGACCAACAGAAACAACACCGCCGCGCGUGAGCGCGUGUUCGUCAAUCCAACUCAGUCCUCAUUCAUCGGCUUUUCAAAGCCCAAUUCCGUCGUACCAAACGAGCCCAGCCUCCUCAUCUUACCCAAGCCCGACCCGGUUUGACCCGAAUCAAUCCUCAACGUAUCUCAUCCCCUAUCUCCAAAACCUAGCUUCCUCCGGAAACCUAGCUCCUCUACGAAUAUCCAAUAGUGCCCCUGUCACACCUCCAGUUUCAUCUCCUAGAGGCUCACAUCCGAGACUACCAAGGCCACAGAUCAGCAACUUCCCAGUCUCAGCUCCUUCAAGCCCAACACGGCGUCUCCACCACCACUACACGUCGAUUCCUGAAUGCGACGAGUCAGACGUCUCCACGGUUGAUUCUUGUCGAUGGACCCGUUUUCAACCGGUGACUGUUUCUCAGACAUGUCCGCCGUCGCCAACUUUUAACCUCGUCAAAAAUAGCGUUUGCGUUGGCGGCGGAGACGUUUCGGUGAAGCCGUGGGAAGGUGAGAAGAUUCACGAUGUUGGUGUCGAUGACUUGGAGCUGACGUUAGGUAACGCUAAAGGACGCGGGUAAGAGGAUAGCAUCGUAAUUAACGACUAGAAGGGAGAACGGUUCGGUUACAUGUUUCCGGUUUAACCGUAACCAAUCUUGGAGGAUGACCUUCUUGGUCUGCUUCAUGCAUUCAUGGCCCAAUGCACAGUCAUCAUCGUUAUCAAUGUUUCAUUUUACAAAAGCUAAUUUUCAUGUAUAAUUCUACCUAUAUUUAUUUAUUUAGCAAAAAAAAAAAAUCUCCCUAUAUUUAAA